AAUCUGAUGUCUUCAUAAACUCCUCAAUCCCUUUCAUAAAGUUGACCACAACUCAUCCACCCUCCAAGCCGUAACAAUGUCCACCCUGGACUCACCCACCUUUGUUAUCAACUUCCUGGUGAGUUACUUCGGUGCGAUGCACCUCAAUUACGUAACGGUGUUCAACUGCUGGAAUUCGGAAGAUAAUCACCACUUGAUGGGGCAUUUAUCGGCCGCGGUGCGCUUUGUAAAGGUGGUUGAUUUGUCGAGUGGCGAGGGAGGUUUGUUGGAGAUUGGAAGAGGGAAUCGUUCCAGGGUUGGGAUGUUCCUGGAGUACGGAUGUCCGAGGAGUCGGGAAUUGUUGGAUGUUUGUGCUAAAACUAAAUGUUUCUCCACCUCGUUUCACUGGGUUAUGAUGAAUGGAUCUGUUCUGGGCGCGCUCGGAGAUGUUGAUCUGUACGUGGAUGCUGAAAUCAAAGUUCUUGUUGCAGACGGGGACGAUCAACUGAAGUUGUACGACGUCUAUAAUAACGGGAAGUCACUUGGCGGGACGCUGAAUGUAACAUUUGAUCGAGUUGUUAACGUUCUACCAAGUGGAGAGAUAUCAUUCGGGAGAAGUAUCGUGCAUCAGAAGUCCAAGUAUCAGAAUCGGAACAACUUGUCCGAUAUUACGCUUAGGAUAGGGACGAGAUCUCGGAUGUUUCCUUCGGCAGAUGCAUCCGUUAGUGAUGUUCUGAGAUUCUUGGAAUCCUAUGAAAAGCGCAAUGUAGAUGGUGUAGUCCGUAUUGGAUACAUGCUGACUAAAGCGCUGCAAAAAGAUUUAAACUUUGAUAUUCAAUACACUCACUAUGAUCUAACAUCUGAUGAUGCUGUUGGAGUAAUUCUUGACAAGCAGAUCGAUUUCUCAAUUGCUGGCAUAAGAGUCCUCAACGAAAGAAUGGAACAUCUGACAUCUGUCUUGUUCUACAUGAAUUAUGAGCUGGCCUUCAUCUUUAAAACGCCCACCAGCGAUAACCUCCUGGAUAGUCCCUUCUUUCGACCGUUUGCACCAGAAACUUGGUUCACAAUUUUCCUCACAAUUCUAGUGGGUAGUAUCGUGAUAAAGAUCAACCACUCCCUCGAAGUUCGCUACCAAGAAUACUUACUCGGUUGGACCGGACCUCCGUGGUUCAGUGCGCUUGUCGAGUCUCUGGGUCAUUUCUGUCAGCAAGGGGCACAUUUGGUGGCGCGGAACCUUCUCGGGCGGCUUAUCCAGCUGGUGAUCAUGACCUGUGCGCUGGUGGUCUACAACUACUACUCGUCGGUGAUCUUCUUGACGUUGAUCGCGAGUCCACUGAUGUCCGAUAUAAGGACGUUGAGUAAGCUAGCGGACAGCAGACUGCAGUUGGGGGUUGAAGAUACCGUUGAAGCUAGGGAUUACUUUCUUAACUCUCAUACCACAAACGGAGCAUCGUAUCUGGCUAAAAAAAAGUUCACCGACCACAGCUGGACCAGCCGGGACAUUGGGCUGGAACGCGUUCGCCGCGGGGAUUACGCCUAUCACUGCGAGAAGACGGACGCCUUCGGCUGGAUCCGGCAAAACUUCGACCUGCUGGAAGUUUGCGAUUUGAACGUGCUGGAAAGUAUGCCCCCACAACCGAUUGGAAUCGUGGUGAGAAAGGAUUCUCCGUUCCGCGAGCUGUUCACGUUGAGAUUCGCUCGAAUGCAGGAGAUUGGGAUCGUUCGGCGUUUCACUGAGUUCUGGAUCACCAAGAAGCCGGAAUGUUUCAGCGAGAGUGUCGUGUCCAGCGUUAGCUUUGAGGGAUCGUUUGCUCUGUUUUUGCUACUGAUUGCCGGAAUCGUUGUCGCGUUUGGAGCCUUUACCGUCGAAAUCGGACUGUUUCGGAAUAUUUGGACACGAUUAAAUCCGGAAAAGCUUGGAAUCUAUAAAGUGACUUGAUCAACUUGCAACUUCUUCACCAUACAUCAAUAAACUCUCUAGUACAUGCAUCUAAUCGAAA